AUGAGACCACCAUUCGGCUACAUCCCACGUCUGUACGCGCCUCUCCGACUCUCAACCCGCCAAUCAUUCAGACCGUCACCCGCGCUGACCGCCGCCGCCGCCACCGCGACGACAACGUGGUUGACGUUCAAAAGCAGGAUGAGCACAUCAUCGGGCCCUCAGUCGACGACAAUGUGGCCAGCUGCAAGUCAAGGUGAAGGUGAAGAGAGGAACCUGAACGGUGGUGGUACGGGUACUGGUACUGGUAGCCACCGAGAGCACCACCCCACGGAAAGCACGUCACCGGCCCCUAAAAAAACGACAUCAAACGCCCCCGCGGAGGCCAGUCCCAACACCAGUGGCGCCGAUUCUAGCCAGCGCCAGCCUCACUCCCAGGGCGACGAUCAGGACCUUGCUGGUGCUGAGAGGCGGGAUGGACCCCUGGCUUUGCCGCCGCUGCCCGAGACCGAGACCUCGUCGUCGUCUGGUGCUGCUGGCGGGAACUCCGUGGGAGGAGGAGGAGGAGGAGACAACAAGGGCGUCAGCAGCAGUAGCAGCGGAAGCAACACCAUCACGCUCGACAUGAGCGGCGGCGACGCCUCAACCAAGCUGGACCACCUCGGCCCCCUGGUCGUCAACCAGGACGGCACCAUGUCGCGAAUCAGCAACUGGGGCGAGAUGACGGAGAUUGAGAGGCGCAACACGGUGAGGAUCUUGGGUAAGAGGAACCAGCUUCGUCUUGCUUCGCUCAGGGGGGAGAAGGAGAACAACGGGGCCGAGGCUGGAAAGUGAGGAUGUGGAAAGAAAAUUUACUUGAACACCUAGAGACACUCCCCCCUUUUUUACCCCGUCUCUAUAUUCACAUCUGUAACGAAGUACCACUCGGUGAGACUCAUUCAUUCGGAAAGACUCGUGAGAAGAGCCUGGAAAGAGUUUGUCAAAGAUAUUGUAGGAUUAAGUGGAUGUACUAUAGUAGUUCCCAAUAGCAAGAGGAUCCCCCAUCACCCCCAUCGCUCCCAUCGCUCCCCCCUUGACUCUUUGAGAGUAUCGACGAGGGUUCAGAUGGUAAGGCCGAGUAGUUGCGUAAAACUACUGCACGAGAAGUCAAGAACCAAGCACCCGAGAAAUGAAUCGUCUCCAUUUUCAACCAAAAGUCUCG